AUGCUCUUCGGUGCCAGCUCUACAAUUCUGGCUGCUUUUGCGGCCCUCACUGCCACGACUUUCGCCAUGCCCGGGGCUAAUCCAAGCCUCGAGCAACGCGACUCCGCAACCUGUCGCUAUUUUCAAGACACGGACGGUCUUCGGUACGAAAUUGAAAUCGACAGCGCUCAGGAUGUUCAUGUGAGAUGGGGCUGUGAGGCGCAGGGAAGCCGUAAGAUUAUGAGCUUCACUGUUCUCGGUUGCAACCCGGGAGAUGUCGAGCGUGCCAUCUAUCUCGCCACCGCUCCUCACUUGGAGGGAGUCAAGUGUAUUACUCGGGGCUGA